AUGGAUUUUAUUAAUUACAGUGAGCUAUCGGCCUCUUUGCUGACAGAGGACCACUUCAGAUGUCCAGUGUGUUCAGAUGUGCUGAAGGAGCCGGUCUCCAUCCCCUGUGGACACAGUUACUGUAAGACCUGCAUCCAGACCUACUGGAACAAACCAACCCAUGAAGGAAGCUACUCCUGCCCUCAGUGUAGGAAGAGAUUUAGAACUCGUCCUGCACUGAACCCAAACUCAGCUCUGGCUACAGUGGUGCAGAAACUGCAGCUGGCCGGCUUCAGUCCUGCUCUUCCUGCUCACUGCUACGCUGGACCUGGAGAUGUGUCCUGUGAUUUCUGCACUGGGAGAAAGCUCAGAGCAGUGAAGUCCUGUCUGACCUGUGCUGCAUCUUACUGUGAAACCCACGUGAAGCAGCACUACACUGUAGCAGCUCUGCAGAGACACAGACUGGUGGAGGCGACUGGAGAUCUGGAACAGAGACUCUGCAAGCUUCACCAAAGAGCUCUGGAGGUUUUCUGCAAAACUGACCAGAUCUUUAUAUGUUUUAUCUGUACGAUGGAGGACCACAAAGGACAUGAGACUGUCCUGUCUAAAAGUAAAGAUUCUGCUGUUGAGAUACCAAAAAAUCAGCAGGAUGGCAAUCCAGUCCCUGAUACAAAGCAGCCUGAAGAUGGUAAAUCCUGCUUAAUCUCUGGUAACUCAUUUGGAGAAAGCAAGAUGGAGCAACAGUUAAUGCAGCUCCUUAAAGAACUUACAGCAAGGACUGAGAGAGCUGAGAAUGAGCUGGAUUGUUUGGCAGAACGAUUCUGUAAAGAAGACUUUGUUGAGGUUGCUGCACUUGGUCGUUCAUUGGACCUUGGAAUGUUGUACGACUGCCACACUGAUUCUUCUGGCUCAGGUGUUUUUCUGUGGGAUGAGGAGUCACUAUCAACUAUGAGAUUGUCUCUCCCUCGACCACACACAGAUGUGAGGAUAUUAGAAGGAAAGUCUCUGCAGGACCGACUCCGAGCUCUGGACCUGACCACUGCUGUUAGAGCUAGUGUUGUAUCAGGUCUGGUGAAAGUGUCUGGAGCUGCUGCCUUUCUGAAACACCCCACAAAAUCCCAGCUGCAGGACAGAGUCACUGUACACUACAGAGCCACAACCAGACUGGACAUGCUCAGUCACAGACUGCUACACAGUGAAGCUCCUCUCUCACUGACCAAUCAGAACUCAGCAACACAUGUGGUUGUAGCUGUGCUGUACGGAGCCCAAGCGUAUUUUGUCCUGGAUGAGAAGAAUGAACGUAGUGAGGGAAGUGGUAAACUGAAAGAUGAGAUUAAGAGAAAUGUAGAAUCCCAGAAUGUUAACGAAUUACUCCUGAAUCUCGAACAAGCAGACUGCUUCUGUGAAUGUGAUCUCUAUGCAUUUGGAGAGGAUUUCAAUACUUCAGUGCAUUUUAUAACUGCUGUGAAACAGUUAAGGUCACUGCAUGAGUUAUUAGAACCUGAUAGUGAGAGAGCGGUUCCUCUGAAAGUUUGGCUUUACCCUCUGAAGAAUCUGAAAACAACGUCUGCUUGUGUAGUUGGAAACAUCAGUGAAGACUUACUGAACAGUGCAGUUGAUGUUUUCGAGCAUCUAGAGAAGAACAUCAGCAUUAGUCAGGACAUGAUGUCCAUAUACUCGAGUCUUGGAGUACCUACAUGGUAUCCAGGUUUGAAAGAGGCUCUUUUUGAGUUUUCUUUACUUCUGCAGAAGUACCAGUCAGUGUUUCAGAAAAAACUGGCCUCCUACGUUAGGGCCGUACGAGAGAGAGGAGAAGAAGGAGAGAAGAAUUUGCAAGAUCUGUUGAAGACGAAUGCACAAUCGCCAUUCAGCCCACAAAACUUGCAUCACUGGCUUCUGAAUGAAGACGCCAAAGUUGUAGCUCUGAAUGAUUGCAGAUCUGCAAACAUCACUAUUCUGAAAUCACAGGAAGAAUUACAGCAGGUGAUUGAAGAUUCACAAGAAGACGCAGUGUUAUGCUUCACUCUCUCAUCACUAGAGGCUGAAGAUCCAUUUCUUUCAGCUCUGAAGCAGCACAUUAAAGCAGCACAGGAGGUGCAGUCUCCAUUCAGGAUUCCAGAAAUCGGUCAGAAAAUUCUCAAUGACCUGCAUUUAUUUCUGUCCUGCAGGGAGAAAAAUUUUGAUUCCUUGCAAACUAAGUUUGUUGCUGCUUCUGUUCCUCAGCCUGGUUUUCCUGGAUAUUCUGUACGGCUUUACCAGUUUGGUAGAGUUGUGAGCUACAAUGUAAAACUUGACUUAAAGCCAAAGGAUCCAGAAAUAACCAUCACAAAACCAACAUGUGUUUCCCUGAGACUGCACAGAUCAGAGUUCUGUGCUGUUCAGUGGUACAGGGUGGAGUACAGAGCCGUGAUCUGCAGAGGAAACAGUGCUGUUUGUUUGAAAUGGAGUGAUACUGAUAUUUAUAGUGUUGGAGAAGGUUCUGUUAUUUGGGGUCUAAAACCAGACACACAGUACCAGCUCAGAUAUGCUGUGGUGGACAGUAACAGCAUGAGUGAUUACAGCAGAAUCACAGAGUUCCAGACACUUCCUAGAGCCAGACCUGGACAGCCUACAAUUCUCAACCAGAAUUCAGACUCUCUCACUGUUGGCUGGCAGAGUCCUGAAGCUGAUGGGGUCUCUCCUGUUCUCCACUACAUGGUGGAGUAUAUGGAAGCUGGUCUGGAGGGCUGGCAGUCUGUUCUAACAAAGGGUCCUGAGAGUAAAUAUACCAUAACCCAUCCCUACAGCACCUGCUACAGAGUCAGAGUCUCUGCUGUCUACAGAGAAGGAGACACCAGUGAACCCAGUGAGGAAAAAGAAGUUACCCUAAAGACCUGGAACGUAGACCUGAGAAGGAGAAAUGCUUCUCUCUUACUAGAAGUGCUGAAACUCCAAACAGAGAAGAAACCAGUAGUGCUGAGAGGCUGCUCAGAUGAAGAGAGUGAAGUGAGGAGUUUCCUUCAGUGUCUGCCCUUCAUCUCCCAGCUGAGAAUUGGUUUUGGGUCUGACAUCAGAAUGUUUCUGGAUCUGUUGAUUAAAGCAGCAGAGUGUGAGAGACAGACAGGAGAGAAAACACUGGAGCUGUUAAUAUCAGUGUGCUCUUACAGCUCUUUUCCUUAUGGAGGCACUGACCACUCUGAUCAGAGUGAACUCCUGCUGGAUCUGUUCUCUCAUGUGAAGAAGUAUGAGACUGAAACAGGCAGGACGAUUCUUCCAGCAUUACAACCAGUUUACCAGUCAGCUCCUGCAGUCUGGAGAAUAAACCUCUCAGAGAGAAAGAGCUCCCUCUUCCUAGAAGUGCUGAAACUCCAAACAGAGAAGAAACCAGUAGAACUGAGAGGCUGCUCAGAUGAAGAGAGUGAAGUGAGGAGUUUCCUUCAGUGUCUGCCCUUCAUCUCCCAGCUGAGAGGAGCUGAGAAGUUUGUCCCCGUACUGUGUAAACAUGUUCAGUCAGUAGAGGAAGCAAAGCAGGCGACUCUCCUGCUUCAGGCUCUGGACUUUUCUCUCACUCUGGAAGGAAUGUUCCCCACUUCCAGCUGCAGAGCUGUGGGGAGAGUGCUCCGUCUCUCAGACUCCAAACUUAACCUCACUCUGAACCCACAAUCCAUCUCUCUCAGAGGAACCAGACUUCUCUUCAGACACGUCACACACCUGCGUACUCUCAGGCUGAGUGCUGGUAUGGUGCUGAAAGUGGAGAGAGCUCUGAGAGCAGUAAGAUUUUCUGCUCCAGUGAUAAUUAAGGAGCUUUCACUCAUUCACAGCAAAACAAAGUGGACAGAAGAGAAACUGUCCAAGAUUCUGAGCGGCUUAGCUUCUCUCCUGAGACUUUGUGAUGUCCAGUGUCUGAACCUGACUGAGCACAGGAUGGAGCCUCAGUCCCUCACUGUCCUGCUGUGUCACCAGGACCCUCUCACCAUCAGAUUGUCCAAAGAGACACUCCAGCAGCUGGUGGUCAUGGUGUAUAAUACUGAGGAGGAGGAGUUUACUCACAGUUUCCUGCAGAAAGUGGGUGGAGAUCUGGAGUCCUGCUCUCUGAACUGGGAAAUGGUUCAGUAUUUCCUGCAGUAUCACAGUCUCACUGUGGACUUUAGGAGGAGCAGCAUUAAGCAGCAGAACAUCAGAGAACUUGUAACUGUGCUGGACAAAGUUCAGCUCAGAAGGUUGAGCCCCAGUGUUCUGCUGUCCAUCAUCAGAGAGAUCUAUGAGACUGGCUCUUUUCACUGUGUGUCCAGCCUGUUGAAAAUAACACAGAACUGCAUUAAUCUGAACAGCAGAGAGCUGGACUCUGUCCACUGUGCUGCCCUGUGCUUCAUCCUCCAGCACAGCAGCACUGCAGUCUCCCUCAGCCUGCUGUGGACCUCCAUACCAGAGGGGGAGCUAGAGAACAUUGUGCCCCUACUAAUCCACGUCUCAAACCUCAGUGUGGACAGGCUGUUGUUGCUGAGGCUGCUUCACUGCUGCAGUGUGUCUGAGCUCCAGCAGGGAGCAGCAGCAGCUCUAAUCUCAGCUCUUCAGCACAGACUGGACUUCUCCUGCAGCUCCACUCUGGACCUUACAGAACACACACAGACACACACUCUGAGCUCUGAGGACUGCAGAGUCAUCUCCACUGUCAUCCAGAGAGCUUCCACACACACUCAGCUCAUCCUGCAGGACUGUGAAAUAGAGGAGGCUGGAGUGGAGCAGCUCUUCAGCGUUUUACACACAGUCAGACUGCACUGCAGUAAAGCUCUGCUGCUUCAGUUCCUCACUCUUGUCCGUGUGGAGAGUGAGCUGGAGUGUGUGAUGCGUGCUGCAUCCCUCUCUCAAGCUCUGAGUAAAAAACUGGACCUCAGUCAGACCCAGCUGGACCUGCAGGCGUGUAGGACGCUGGCGCUGUUUCUGGAACAUUCAGAAGGACUGUCAGAACUGGACCUCAGCCACUGUCAGAUCACUGACCACUGCCUGGAGCUGCUGCUUCCACACCUGCACAAAACCUGCAUACUGGACCUCAGCCACAAUGACAUCACUGAUGUCUCAGCAAAGAGAAUCUACGAUAUUUUCUCUGGUAACAUCAGCAUUCAGACUGUCUGACUCUUCAACAACAGAAUCACAGACAGACAGCUCUUCCUCUCAGACCAGCACUUUGAGAUCUGGUGAUGCUAAAAUAUUAUCAUCACACAUCACACAAAAACUCUGUGUAUCGACUGUAUAUUAUGUUAUGUUAUAAAAUAUAUUAUGUUAAAUAUAUUAUGAUAUAAAAUAUGUAAUGCUCACAAAAUAUAUUUUUUCUGAUCUUUUCAGAUUAUUUUAACUGUAUUUUGGUUUAUUUGCCUCUGUUGUAAUGUAAAAUCCCA